AUGGGCUCCAUCCCAGAUGAUUUAGGACGACUUGGUCGUCUUAAAUACCUACAUCUCGGAUUCAAUAGCCUAUCAGAUAGCAUCCCAACCACCAUCGGGAACCUCACAAGGCUUCGUGUUCUUUCCUUGCAUAAUAACCAUCUAUCUGGUUCAAUCCCGGUAGAACUGCAGAAUCUGCAGAGUCUUGGCUACUUCCUUAUCUUCAAGAGUUACCUGAGCGGCUCAAUACCGAUCUAUCUAUUUAAUAAUACUCCUCUGAUAACUAUCCUGGACGCCGGUAACAACAGCCUGUCAGGACAUAUACCAUCUUGUAUUGGCUCCUUACCAAUGCUUAAGUCCAUUGACCUUGAAGCGAAUUAUUUCACCGGCCCAGUACCUCCAUCCAUAUUCAACAAGUCUAGAUUACGUGAAAUCUGGCUUGGAUACAACUACAACUUAACUGGUUCGAUCCCUAACAACGAAAGUUUUAGUCUACCAGCGUUGCAACAUAUUAGCCUGACUGGCAACAGAUUCACCGGUGAGAUUCCAUCGGGGCUCUCCUCUUGUCGCUACCUCCAAGGUAUCUCCUUCCCUGGGAAUUUCUUUGAGGGUGUUGUGCCAACGUGGCUGGGCAAGCUUUCCCAUCUCAGUUUCCUUUCCUUGGGUUGGAAUCACCUUGUUGGUCCAAUUCCUGUAGCACUUAGCAACCUCACUCAGCUAGGUUUACUAGCCCUGACAAGCUACAACCAGCUAGUAGGACCAAUUCCUGCUUAUGUUGGUAACCUGUCUGAAUUAACAUUCCUGCUCUUACACAAAAAUAUGUUCCUUGGAUCAGUUCCACGAACAAUCGGUAGUACCAACUCCAUGAUUGAAAUUGAUAUUUCAGAGAACCGCCUAGUGGGGGAUCUUAGCUUCUUAUCCAGUUUUCCUAAUUUUAGAAAGCUCCAGGUUAUUCAUAUCUCUUCAAAUAAUUUCACCGGGGGCAUUCCUAACUAUGUGGGGAACCUGUCGAGCCAGCUGCAGAUUUUUAGUGCAUCUGAGAACAAUUUAGUUGGUGGACUUCCGGCUACUCUUUCAAACCUAACAGGUCUUCAACUAGUUCUUUCAAAGAAUCAGUUGGAUAGCACGAUUCCAGAAUCCAUCGUAAUGAUGGAGAAUCUCCAAUGGCUUAACCUAGACAGAAAUCACUUGUUUGGAUCCAUCCCACCUCAGAUUGCAAUGCUCAAGAAUAUAGGAAAUAUGUUCCUCUACAACAAUAAAUUCUCGGGUUCAAUACCGGAGGGGAUUGGUAACCUGACCAAGUUAGAAUACCUGGUACUGUCUGCCAACCAGUUAUCAUCAAUUAUCCCAUCAAGUUUAUUUCAUCUUGACAGUCUCAUUCAGCUAGAUGUGUCUCGAAACUUCUUGACUGGCACAUUACCAGUUGAUAUUGGCUAUUUGAAUCAAAUUUACAGCAUGGACCUCUCUGCCAACCUCUUGGUUGGUAGCAUCCCAUAUUCAAUUGGACAACUCCAAAUGAUAGCUUACUUGAACCUGUCACACAAUUCAUUUGAUGAUUCACUUCCAGAAUCUUUCAACAAUCUAACCAGCUUGCAAACUUUGGACCUAUCACAUAACAGUCUCUCUGGUACAAUACCAAAGUACCUAGUCAAUUUCACCAUCCUGACCAGCUUGAACCAGUCUUUCAACAAGCUACAAGGUCAAGUACCAGAAGGUGGUGUCUUCUCAAAUAUUAGCCACAAUCCUUGA